CCGCAUGAAUACGGAGCGAGGAGAGGACAGAGGCGCUGGGGAGGAGGAGGAGGAGGAGGAGGACACCCACUGGACCGGACCGGACCCGGGCUGCAGCCGAGGACAUGGAGGGACACAACGGCACCAGAGGCGAGAAGAAGAAGACGAUGGAGGAGAAGGAGGAGAAGAGGAUGGAGGAGGAGAGGAAGGAGGACAGAGUGACUCUGAAGAAGGAGAUCGGGCUGCUGAGCGCCUGCACCAUCAUCAUAGGGAACAUCAUCGGCUCUGGGAUCUUCAUCUCUCCGAAGGGCGUCCUGGAGCACUCGGGCUCGGUGGGCGUCGCCCUGGUGGUCUGGCUGCUGGGCGGAGGCAUCGCCGCCCUGGGCUCCCUGUGCUACGCCGAACUGGGCGUCACCAUCCCCAAGUCCGGAGGAGACUACUCGUACGUCACGGAGAUCUUCGGCGGUCUGAUGGGGUUCCUCCUGCUGUGGAGCGCCGUCCUCAUCAUGUACCCGACCACGCUGGCCGUCAUCGCCCUCACCUUCUCCAGCUACAUCCUGCAGCCCGUCUUCCCGGACUGCGUCCCUCCCUACAUGGCCACGCGGAUGCUCUCGGCCACGUGUCUCCUGCUGCUCACCUGGGUGAACUGCUCCAGCGUCCGUCUGGCCACCAGGAUCCAGGACGUGUUCACCGUGGGGAAGCUGAUGGCUCUGGGUCUCAUCAUCGUGGUCGGCUUGGUCCAGAUCUGCAACGGCAACUACGAGGCCCUGACGCCUCAGGUGGCCUUCUCCAUGGAGAGGACGCCGUCGGUGGGGCAGAUCGCUCUGGCCUUCCUCCAGGCCUCCUUCGCCUUCAGCGGCUGGAACUUCCUCAACUACGUCACCGAGGAGGUGGUUGAACCCAGACGGAAUCUACCUCGUGCCAUCUACAUAUCCAUUCCAUUGGUGACCUUUGUGUACACGCUCACCAACAUCGCCUACUUCUCCUCCAUGUCGCCCGAGGAGCUGCUGUCGUCCAAUGCCGUGGCCGUAACGUUCGGGGAGAAGCUCCUGGGGAUGUUCUCCAUCAUCAUGCCCAUCUCCGUGGCUCUGUCCACCUUCGGAGGGAUCAACGGUUACCUGUUCACCUCCUCCAGGUUGUGUUUCUCGGGGGCCAGGGAGGGUCACCUGCCCAGCCUGCUGGCCAUGAUCCACUACAGGAACUGUACGCCCAUCCCUGCCCUGCUGGUCUGCUGCACCGCCACCAUCGUGAUCCUCUGCAUCGGAGAAACGCACAACCUGAUCAACUACGUCUCCUUCAUCAACUACCUGUCGUACGGCGUCACCAUCGCAGGUCUGCUCUACUACCGCUGGAGGAAGCCCAACCUGUACCGACCCAUCAAGGUGAACCUGCUGGUUCCCGUCAGUUACCUGAUGUUCUGGGCGCUGCUGCUGGGCUUCAGUCUGUACUCGGAGCCCGUGGUCUGUGGCGUGGGCCUCGUCAUCAUGCUCACCGGCGUGCCCGUCUACUUCCUGGGUGUCCACUGGAAGGAGAAACCAAAGUGCAUCUACAACUUCAUCGAGAGGGCGACGUACGUGGGCCAGCGGUUGUGUUUCGUGGUCUUUCCUCAGAUCGACCCCAUCGAGAACGUGGAUCCCUCAGAAUGGACUGACCGCUCGUCAGGCGGGAGCAGUUUGUCCCCCGACUCUUAAAACUCUUUUCUGAAUAUAUGAAGAUUUCUCCUGUUUUUAUUCCGUCACCUGUUCGUGACCCGGGAGCGACCCUGUCUGACCUUUCACCUUCUGAGACUCCGGUCGAGCAGGAACACCGGCCGCCUGCACCUUCUAUUUUUGCCUCUUUUUUGUACUAAGUCGACAGAUACAACAACCUAAUGCCAACAGUGUGAAAAGGACUUUUAUUCUCCCGAUGGAUCCAUUUGAUUCUUCUUCUGUAACUAACUGCCUGGUUUCUUCUUCUGAAUGUUGCGGGUUGUUUUUCGUGCCUUCAGGUCUUUUCACACCGAGUCCAGAACAAAUCUAUCGUCAGGAUUCUGAAUACAGUAAAAACAAUUCAAACUUCAUCAAGUGAGGAGGAGUCAGUUCUGAUGGUCCAUGUAAUGUCUGUUUCACUGGUGUGUUUUCUUCAUGUGAUGAGAUUAUAUACAAAGUCAAUGUAAAGACACAAAAUCUACUUCACUUGCUGGAGUUGAAAUAUUUGAAUUUGAGGGAAACACUUGCGUGACGUGAUGUCGCGACGCCAGUUAGUGUCGAGAGUCUCCUGAAGCCACUGACGUCCACGUCCAAAUGAGAACGGGCGAAUGUUGGUGGGAUGUUAAUUCAAGUGAACACACAGAACUGAGGAUUAUUCUUUAUCUAAAUCUCCUAGAAUCUUUAUUUUCAACAUGUAUGAAUCAAACUGCAUCACAUCGCUUCUGGAUUAAAACAUAUAAAAUACAUAAAUGUGGGACUUGGUGUGAAAAGGCCUCUACUGGGGGAAAAUGUACAUUAAAAAAUAUAAUUUAUUAACUGAUUCACUGAAGUAGAUUUUAAUAUAUGUUGCCAGUGCCUUUUGCUUUGUUCUUUUUGCAUUUGCACUUUGGUCUUCCAUACGAGCUCCUUCCUCCUCGCCGAGGGCUGAAGUUUAUUAAUCCGUGGCUAACACAGUAGGUUUGUGUUCACUCGACCACGUCGCUCUGUUUGCUUCACUCAGACUGACUCACUGACACGUCGUGAUUCUUAUCAGCUGUAGAAACACUUUCCCUUUCUCGCAGGUUUUGUUUUUACAAAAUGAGAGUCUAAUGUGAUAUUAAAUAUGUGACUGAGAGAGAA